AGACGACAUUGUGGUAGUCGUAGUGGUUGUGGUAGUAUAAAUAAAAAUUACAAAUCCAGUGCAAAGUCCAUUUACUGUCCUGGUUCAUCCAGAAUUCACCUCAAGUCUCAACAAUAAUUCUUCUAUUGCUCAUCGUCAAAGAUGAAUGAGAAGAUCGAAUAGAUAUUAAAAGUCAAAGGUUUCGUUAUAAUGGAGCAACGUUUGCCAUCUGUGCUGACCCUCACACAAAAAAACCCUGAAGAUAAAAUGAGCGGCAUGCUUUCUUUCAGUAACCAAGAAUCACUUUCAUUGCAAUGUAUGAGUGAAAAUAACACUUUAACAAAUACACUGGCAAAACAGUCAGAGUUCAUUCAGUCAGAAGUUACCACAGCACAAGUUGAAGUCAAAGUGGAGUAUGAUCAAGAUGCCUCUUCAUUGGUUGAUUUGAACAUCAUAGAAACGUCCCCUCAUUCUUAUGGUGAUGCUACAGAAGAGUUCCUGGAGCUUGGUCAACAAGUUAAGAAGGAAAUGCCUGAUGACAUAACUGGUCUAAUACCUCCAGUUGAGAUGGAAGAUGAGUUUGAAUGUAACGCGUAUGCUUUUGCUGAUGAAUCAAUGCAAGAUGAGUUUGAAAGUAACACUCAUGCUUUUGCUGAUGAAUCUCUGAACGGAAGAAAAAAUGUAGACAAAAGAAAGAAUUGUUCAAGCAAGCGGAGUAUGGCAGGAAAAAGGAAAGCAAACGAGAGCAAUUCAGAUGCAUCGUGCAAGGGAAUGGAUUGUUCAUCAGAGAAUUGUAAGACAGCAGAAAAAAUCAUAUCUACUAAAAUGGAAUCUGAUGUGCCAAGCACAAGAAUUAAAUAUUCAAGUAGGCAGAGAAAAGCCAUAGAACAUCACUUUGAGCCUGAUGAGAAGGCAGGUAUAACCAGAGGAUUCAACAAACUACGGAAAGAAGAGCUAUUUAAGUGUGAAACCUGUGGGAAAGAAUUCCAGCGAUCAGACUUGCUUACGGAUCACGUGAAAAUUCACAGGAGACCGAAGCCGUACACUUGUGAUCAUUGUCAAAUGAAGUUCGCCAAGCCUUCUUAUUUGAAAUUACACUUGCGUAGACAUGCUGGUGACCGGCCGUUUCCAUGUGACCAGUGUGAAAAGAGGUUUUUUGACAUGUAUGACUUAAGGGUGCACCAGAGAGAUCACACAGGAGAGAGACCUUAUAUUUGCCCUGAAUGUGGAAAGGGUUUUAAGCGUAUUUACAUACUUAACAAACAUAAACGGACACACUCAAAGGAGAGACCUUUUCAGUGCUCUGUGUGUGGUAAAGCAUACAGAUAUGGGUACAGUUAUAGAUUGCAUAUGAAAGACCAUUAAGAUUAGAGUUCCUGAUGUGCAACUGCAUAUUUGUUAACUGUUUAGAAGGAAUAUUAGUUCAUAUUACUUAGUUUAAGGAAGAACAUGUACCCAUGUAAAGUGUGUUUUAAUAUUCAUUGAAUUAUAGCCAUCUUUCUGACUGAAACUUUAUAAACUGCUCUUAUCUGUGCUUUUCUUUCAGUUGUUUGAAAUAAUGAUUGAAUAAAGGAAUUGUCAUGGAUGAAAUAAUUGUCAUGUAUUUUUGUUCUACUUUGCAGAAUGUAUGGUUAUUGGAAAAUGUAGC